AUGGCGAUACCGUCGGAGCUGUGGAGCCUCGCGAGGGUCACCGUCGUCGUCUCCAUCGCAAUGUCCUACGCGCGCUUUGCUUCGUCGCGCGUCACCCCCGGCGCCCUCCGCCUCGCUGCGCUCCUCCCCGUCAUCUCCCUCCUCCCCCUCCUCCCCUUCUCCUUCUCCUCCAUCACCCUCCGCGGCACCGCCGGGUUCCUCCUCGCAUGGCUCUCCCUCUUCAAGCUCCUCCUCCUCUCCUUCGGCCUCGGCCCCCUCCACCCCUCCCUCCCCCUCCUCCCCUUCCUCCUCACCUCCUCCCUCCCCGUCAAGCUCCGUUCCUUUACCAACACAAAACAACAACACACAUCCUCCUCCUCCACCGUUCUCUUCCUCCUCUCCGUCGCCGCGAAGCUCCUCCUCUACGCCUUCCUCGCGUCCCUCUACCGCUUCAGAGACCGAAUGAGCCCCUACCUUCUUCUGGGCAUCCUCUGUUUCCACAUCUACGUGUCCCUGGAGCUCCUCCUCGCCCUCUCCGCCGCGGCCGCGCGCGGGGCGCUCGGCGUGGAGCUCGAGCCGCAGGCGAACAAGCCCUACUUGGCCACCUCCCUCGGCGACUUCUGGGGACGGCGCUGGAACCUCAUGGUCUCCGCCGCACUCCGCCCUGCCGUGUACCACCCGGUGCGCGCGCGCCUGGGCCGCGCCGCGGGGGUCGUCGCCGCGUUCCUCGUCUCCGGGCUCAUGCACGAGGCCAUGUUCUACUACAUCACCCUCGCGGCGCCCCCCACGGGGGAGGUCACCGCGUUCUUCGCGCUCCACGGCCUCUGCACCGCGGCGGAGGGGUGGUGGGCGCGGCGGCGGAGCGCGGCGCCGGCGCCGCCGAGGUGGGUGGCGGCGCCGGUAACGGUGGGGUUCGUGGUGGGGACGGGGCUGUGGCUCUUCGUGCCCCCGUUGUUUCGCGGGGGCACGGACGAGAGGAUGCUCGAGGAGUGCAUGGCCAUGGUCGCCUUCGUGGAGGAGACCGGUCGAAGCCUCCUCUGA